AUGGCAUCCUCAACCGCCCAACGCCGCCUCGUGCAAGAAUACCGCGCCCUAACCAACAACCCCCCAGACGGCAUCACCGCGGGCCCCGUCUCCGAAGACGACAUGCUGUACUGGGAAGCUCUGAUCCAGGGACCCGAGGGCACGCCCUUUGAAGGCGGUGUGUUCCCGGCCGAGUUGAAGUUUCCUAAGGAUUAUCCGUUGGCGCCGCCUAGUAUGAGGUUUUUGGGGGAAGUGUGGCAUCCAAAUGUAUACCCAAGCGGCCUCGUCUGCAUCUCAAUCCUACAUCCACCCGGCGACGACCCCAACCACUACGAGCACGCCUCAGAGCGAUGGUCACCGAUCCAGAGCGUGGAGAAGAUCCUGAUCAGCGUCAUGAGCAUGCUGGCCGAGCCGAACGACGAGAGUCCUGCGAAUGUGGAGGCCGCGAAGAUGUGGAGGGAGCAGAGGCCCGAGUAUGAGAGGAGGGUGAGGGAUGGUUGUAGACGCAUGUUGGGGCUUUGA